AUGGCGUCUUCAUCAUCCACAACCUCCGCCCCGGCACUCCCGCCAACGAUGCGCGCCUGGCAAUUCACCUCGACGCACGGCGGGCUGGAGAAGAACCUCUUCCUCAACAACUCUGCACCGCUGCCGGUGCCGCCUCACGACGCGGCCAAGUCCCUAGGCCCAGACAGGGUGCUCGUCCAGGUAGUCGCGGCGGCGCUGAACCCGGUGGACUACAAGAUCGCCGAGUUGCCCGUGGUGGGACGUCUGGCGAUCAAGACGCCCAGUUCGCCUGGGCUGGAUUUCGCGGGGAGAGUCGUGGCGGUCGGGAAUACUCCUCCUGGUCAUACCGGGCCCCCGGUCCCUUUCCCUGCCGCCGGUCCUGUUUCUGAUAGUCCUACUACUCCUGCUGGCGCCGCCAGCGCCGCCUCUGGAUCGGAUGUCAAGGUCGGCCAACUGGUGUUUGGUCGUCUGGACAGCCCGACCCAGUUCGGCACCCUGGCUGAGUACACUGUCGCGCGCAGGGCGGGAUUGGCGGCGGUGCCUGAGGGGGUUACGUUGCAGGACGCCGCGGGUGUUGCCACCGUGGGCCUCACGGCGUAUCAGGCCAUUGUGCCGAAUGUCCCGACGGAAGGAGGAAUAGAAGGAGGAGGGGGAGGAAGCAGCAGCGGCGGCAAAAGACCCCGACCAUCCAGGGUGUUCAUCAACGGCGGCAGCGGCGGCGUGGGCGUCUGGGCCAUCCAGAUCGCAAAAGCCCUCGGGUGCUACGUCGUGGCGAGCUGCUCGGGCAGGAACGCCGAGCUGUGCAAGAGUCUCGGCGCGGAUGAGGUGCUGGAUUACACACAGCAGGAUGUCUUGGGUGCCUUGAAGAAGAUGUCUACUACUCCUGACACUACUUCUACGGGGGUGUCAUCAUCGUCAUCCCCCUACGAGAGCAGCAACAAAUUCGACCUCGUGGUCGACAACGUCGGCAACUCGGACGCCCUCUACUGGCAAUGCCACCACUUCACCACCCCACGCGCAAAAUACGUCCAGGUCGGCGCCGGCAUCUCCGCGUCCGCGGCGCUGCAAAUGGUCAUGAAGAUGCUGUGGCCGGGCUUCCUGGGCGGUGGGAAGCGCAAGCUCCACGUGCUGAUGGUGUCGAGCGACGCGGCGCAGCUGGCGCGGAUUGCCGGCUGGAUGGCACAGCGGAAGGUCAAGGCCGUGGUGGAUGAGGUCGUCCCGAUGGAGGACGCGCCCAGGGCGUUUGAGAAGCUCAAGACGGGCCAUGCGAGGGGCAAGAUUGUGGUUGCUGUGAGCGAAUGA